GCCCGCCGCAUCUCAACAGUUGGCGUUGGUCUCCGAAAGUCCAAGCUUCGCAUCAUCCGACUUGAGCAGAGAGCUUGCGGAAUCCUCGAACAAACUUACCGAUAUCUCAAAGAAACGUGGAAGAAAUUGAUAAAAAGAAGAAGGAAAAAAAAAGGAAAACAAACAUUCAAAUCGAUCGCUCGAACACCGAUUGCAGAGAAUUUCAACGGUUUGUAGAAAAGCUGAGACAAAACAAACACAUAGAUUGAAAACGAUCUUGAAUAAGAUCGUUCGUCUUAUCAGUAAGAUAUUAAUUUUAUUUGCCCGCGCUUAUGGUUAAAUUCUUAUAAUCUCGAAAAUUUCGUCAAAAAUUGGAAUAGAUCGAAGGAUCCAGAAAUCGAUGGAUUCGCGGUGUAUGAAAAUCGGUGAUAAGCUAGACUUGUGAUUAUUUUUGGUAUCACGCCGCGAGCGUUAAUAAUUCUUUUGUUAUAAACAGCGGUAAAAAUUGGCGAUAAUUAUCGAUUCAACGGAGAAAAGUAAAUUUGCAAUUAAUUGAGAGAAAAACAGAUACCGAGAUACAAAGGUAAGGCGGGGGAAGUGAGUAGAGUCGAAGAAGAAGAAGAAGAAGAAUAAAAGAAGAAGGAAAAAAGAUUACUAGCAACAAAUAGUCGAGCAGACGCGAUGCCAGUUGUGUAAACUGAAAAAGGUGCCGUGCGGUGCCGUUGAUAACUUGAUGGCCGAUUCGUCGGGAACGGUGCACGUGAUAUUGAAAUUUCCAAUGCUACAACCCCCGUCGCCGCUUUUGGAGAUGGCAUCUCUUCGUCUGCCGGAUUCCGAGGAGUUUGACAUAGACACGCGACACAGAACGAACGGUAACCAGGUGGUCCCGAGUAACACGACCUCGGCAACGACGAUUUCGGGCGCGAUACUAUCGAGCACCCAUUUGACCACGCAACCGGGCAACAACGACCUCUUCGCAAAGGUGAGGAACGAGCUCCAGGAGUACGUCGGCAACUCUCUGGUAGACCUUGUCACAGCCCCGAGUCCGGCAGGUUCAACGAUGGAGGAAUCGCCGGUUGGUUUCCUGAACGCGAGCGGAUCCGCGAACCUCUCGAGUGAUCGGCUUCCGGAUCUCUUUUACAGGCACAGCAUGGCCAUGACAGCCGUAUACUGUGUCGCCUACAUGCUUGUGUUUGUUAUUGGAUUAAUCGGUAACAGUUUUGUGAUCGCUGUGGUUUAUCGAUCGCCGAGGAUGAGGACCGUCACCAACUUCUUCAUCGUUAACCUCGCCGUCGCCGAUAUACUCGUCAUCGUCUUCUGCCUACCAGCGACGCUGAUGAGCAACAUCUUUGUCCCAUGGAUCCUGGGCUGGUGGAUGUGCAAAACCGUACCUUACAUCCAAGGCGUUUCGGUUGCGGCUUCGGUCUACAGUCUCGUCGCUGUGUCGUUAGACAGGUUCCUGGCCAUUUGGUGGCCGCUGAAGUGUCAAAUAACGAAGCGAAGGGCUCGCAUGAUGAUCGUGGUGAUCUGGUUCAUCGGUCUGACGGCGACGCUGCCGUGGCUGCUGUUCUUCGACCUGGUCGUGAUAUUCAGCUACGCGCCGGACGUCCAGCUCUGCCUCGAAGUCUGGCCGGAGCCGUUGGACGGAUCGCUGUUCUUCCUGAUAGGAAACCUGAUGCUGUGCUACGUCCUGCCGAUGAUCCUGAUAUCCAUGUGCUACGUCCUGAUAUGGAUAAAGGUGUGGAAGCGUCACAUACCGAACGACACGAAGGACGCCCAGAUGGAGAGGAUCCAGCAGAAGUCGAAGGUGAAGGUGGUCAAGAUGCUGGUCGUCGUGGUCAUCCUCUUCGUCCUCUCCUGGCUUCCCCUCUACAUAAUAUUCGCCCGCAUAAAGCUCGGCGGUCAGAUAGACGAGUGGGAGGAAGAGAUCCUCCAGAUAGCGACGCCCAUCGCUCAGUGGUUGGGCUCGAGCAACUCUUGCAUAAAUCCGGUCCUCUACGCCUUCUUCAACAAGAAGUACCGCCGCGGUUUCAUGGCGAUCCUGAAGAGCGGUCGGUGCUGCGGAAAGCUCCGCUACUACGAGACCGUGGCGAUGAUAUCCUCCUCAACCAGCAUGCGGAAGUCCUCUUACUACGUGACCAACAACAACUCCUCGACGAGGAGAGCGGCCGCCGCUCACGGACCGCCGGUUCACCAGGACAGCAACGUCUCCUACAUCUUCAAUCACACCGGCGUUUAAGCCUCGGUGAAACGGGCAGGCGAACUGACGAGAAUGGAAAAUGAUUUAUCGAAAAUUAAAGACGAGGAGACGAUUCGCUGAAAUCGAGCCGAUUUCCGCCUUCUCGAGUUUAUUGGCUUGAACGAACCCCGAGGAUGUACCCGGGGCUCAUUGGAAGGCUGGUCCGAAGAUUGUGUGCUUCGAUCACCCUGUCGUGGUCGGUUGGUUUGUUCUCGGUCCAGAUAUCUCGACGAGCUGUUAUUGUCGGCUUCGAAACGAGCCCGAAACGAAAAUGGUUAAUCAGAUUUUCGCAUCACGAUAACGACAACGACAACAACAAAAGUAAGGAUCGCACCUACCGGCGAGUACGCGAUAAGAAUCUCUGUAAGAAUUCCUCGACGUAUUUCAAUCCGUCGCAAAAAUGAACAUGUCGGGCAUGCCGUUUUACCGCGUCUGAUACGGUCGUUGUUACGUAUAUCCGAUUCCUUUCCAAUUACCACCGUUUGAAGAAAAAAAUAAAUAAAUAACAAUCGAGCAUCCAAUUCAAAAAAGAAAGAAAAAGAGAAAAACAAGUAACAUUGUUCUACCUAAAAUAUACCUACUUACAUAUUUGUCGAAAUGAUCAUACUAUGUAACGUAUUAACGCAUACCUUAAUUACUAUACCUAUAUCCAUACCAUGUAUAACGUCGUGUGAAAGCGUAUCGUACUUUCUAUAAUUGAUUAUCUCAAGUUAUAAUUGGUGAACAUACCAUAGCUAACAUACCCUUUAAUAAUAUACAAAAUAUUCUUGGUAACAAAACAUAUUAUACUACAUUAUACAUACAUAUACAAUACACCUAUACUUAACGCGUCAUAUCCUAUAAUUAUCAUGUACCAUUAUCCGCUACGCACAUUUCGUACAAAAAAAGAAGAAAAAAUUAAAAAAAAAAAAAAAUACCAAAAAAAACCAAACAAAAUAAACAAAAUCGAAUAAAAUUAACAGACAUUCUAAAUUAUGCGUGAAGGCGAACGAGAAACUCUGUACAACUACAUACCUAUGUUACAGAUAUGCGUAGGAGUUUGAAAUUAAAAGCGAAAAAAGAGGAACGCUGUUUGCCGUUUUUUUUUUUUUUUUUUUUUUUCUAGUACUCCGUGAAAACGAUUGUAGGCGAUGAGAAUUAAUACUCCGCAAACAAACACGGGGACAGACACACUGAUAGUGAGUUACGGCCUGCACAGUGUUAGACACGCGUGAGAAUUGACCAUGCACGCCAACGUGUUCGGUUCCAAUUAUUUCCACAAUGUUGAACAAGCUCGUGCCUACUGCUUAAUGUUUAUGGUUUCGUAUUUUUAUUUUCUGCUCGACCAUGUCUAUAAACGGUUAGUAAAAUCGGAAAUAUUAUACGCUACGCGCAGGUGAUUUGAAAAAUUUUGUGCAAAAUUGCAACACUCGUAGGUACGAAACUUCGUCAUUAUGUUUAUGAUUAUUAAUUUAUACGUAACAUCAUCCGCAUUAUUGAUUAUGCCGCUACUAUGUGUGCAAAACUUGUUCCUUAUUAUCGCAAUUACACAAAUAGUCGUUGUUAUUAUCAUUCAUCCUCACAUUCUCAUUUUAUGCCUAUAAUUUCACUCGCGAUUAAUUAAACUUCUUUUACUAUGAUUGUCAGCGUUGUUGAUGUCGUUGUUGUUGUUGUUGUCGUUGUUGUUGUUGUUAUCAUCAUUAUUAUUAUUUGUAUAAUGUUACCACCGUUGCCAUUGUGAUUUAUUAAUAUUAGGAAUAUUAAUUUCCAUUGUAUAAAUUGUGCGUCUUAUUUUAAUAUUAUAUCAUGGUAUAUAAAACCUGCAGCUGUAUGUUAUACAUUAAUUGCAUAUUAAUAAAACUGUUUUUGGCAAGUUGUAAUUGAAAUAAUUCAGGUCUGAAUAGGGACUUUUUUCGCGUUUAAACGGAUCAAAAAUAAUUAUUCAUGAGGUAUAUUCGCGUAGGGAUCGCUCAGUGAUGGGGUGAAAAGUGUUAAUACCUUAGCAUCUGCACAUAUUAGACUCGAAGAACAAUUUGAAACGUUAUUACGAUAGUUUACUUACGUUUUGUUUAUAGUGUAGUACAUCUGGUAAUUAACUUCUGAUUGUAACAGAGGAGAGACAAAAUUUAAGAUAUCACGUGUCUAAUUUACGUAAUUACUACGAUAAAUGCUCUGCAAAUCAUUAUGUAUAAAUCACUGACGAUACUUUCUUUGUUCAGGGCAUCCGUCCUAAUUUAUUAUCUAAUCAGUUUCACUGCGAAUUUUAAAAUCUUGCCGCAGGUUAAUGGAAUACUUAAACUAAUUCACUUCACACUGCACUUAUGAUUUUUUCAUAAAUUUAACAUUGUUCGGUUCAUAUCGUUAUCAUCAUACCACCAAUCGGCAGAUUUGUGGAUUUGAAAUUAAAGAAAAUGUCAAAAAACUUUUUCCUUGCAGAAUAGUUGAAAUAAUGGUCCAGGUAUGAGCCUCACCAAACAAAAUUUCAGCUCUUGAAUAUUUUCAACAGCAAGACUAAUUGUAAGCUAUUCUCGCUUCGAAUCAAUAUAAUGCAACUUUCCUGUUUUUCAACUGUAAGACUCGGUUCCAGAAUUAUCGGACAACUUCAAUCGAAGUAAAUUUUUCCGUCUGAAGAGAAAAUUCGGAUGGUAUAAUAUUACUGAUUGUGAGUUGAGUUUUUUACCUUAUCAGCGUAUAACAUGGUUUUCACACAGUCAAAUAGCCUCACACUCACCGGAUGUUCCUGUAAACAAGAGGGUAAAAAAAAAAAAAAAAAAAAAAAAAAAAAACGAUUAGACAACCACACUAAUGUACUAAGGCGUGAAAACUAUUUUCUAAUUUGAAAAUUUCAUUUAUUUCACACUAUUUUUAAGCACAAGCUUCCUCCAUACCUUGAGCAAAGGUAUUUUUAUAAUAAUGUUUAUACGCAUCACUGCUUAUAUUUAGGUACAUAAUAUUUAAUUUUAUCCGUCAUAACAGCAGUCUCGCGAACGUCCAAUAACGUCCAAAAACUGUCACUUAUGCAGGUGCCCCGUGAAUGGAAUUAAACUAACCACCAUUUCACACACACACUUGUGUUACUUAAUUUUCAUUCCCAAUACGAAUAGCUACUGCUGACCAUUAGUAACUUAAUCUCUAUCCGAGGAAAUUUUCAACCGUAAAAUACCGUUGCAAAAGAUCGAGAGUCGAGAGAAUCCUGACAGAAAGAUAGCAGAUUUUCUGAAAUUUCCUGGAAAUUUAUAACUUUUCUAUAAAUGUUGAUUAAAAUUUAAGAAACUUUUUAUUCGUGCAUAAAUUUAACUGAUGAUAAAAUUAUUCAGUCAUAUGAGAGAAAUUUUAAAUUUGAUAGAUGUCUUAAAAACGGGUACACAUACAUUCAAGUGUCCGUCAGAAAAAUUUCAGCAUCUUUUUUAUGAGUAAAAGACGUAGAGACGUAAUUACGCUUUUUCGAAUAAAAAAAAUUCACGAUUCCUGAGUGAUUUGAAACAAUAUUAUUUCAUUCGUCACCGAAUAAUCCUCCAAAAUUUGGCUGGCUUCUAAACUUACAUUUAGGAUCUCUUCGUUUCUCCGGGAAAGUUGAAACGCUGUAUUUGUGGAACGACUAUCUAGUGAUAUUCUUAUUUGUGGAACAGAAGAUUUGAUUCAGCUAGUUGAUAAUGCAUUUACUCAAUCGCAUUUACGGUAUUGAAUUGAAUUUUACACGUUAAAAUCUAGUAUACUCGUAUGUACAGACGCUGCUAAAUAAAAUGGGCAAAGAGAGUAAAAAAAAAAUCUUGUCUCAGUAAAUUGACAUAUGAAUAAAGAAUGCAUGUGAAGCAUGUUUGUUUAGAUUGAAAAUUAUUUGCCAACUUUUCGUAGAGUAUAAACUUAAAAUACAGUGUUCGUGAGUUGAAAAUUUACCCUCAAAUUUACGGGAAACAAGGAUUUUUCGUAGGUAAAGGACAUCAGGGGAUGAAAAGGACAGAUUCUCUUAUAAUCGCAAGUUUGUGAUUUUGACACGGAAUCGCGGAUAAUACGAUAAAGAUUUUUUAUUUUCAAGAAUACGAUUUUUUGUGAGGAGUAGAGAUAUAGAAACUCCACAGAUAUCAGAGAAACCGUAAAAUUUUGAGAAAAAAUUAUAAAUACUGAAAUUUAUGUAUAUCCAAGACGGCAGAAAAAAUUCAGAACAGCUUUUGAGCGUGAUUCGAAUAACCAGCGAUCCUCCAAAGAAUUUCACAAAACAAAGUUCGCGCAAAAGUUACGCUAGGAUAUAAAAAUACGACUGCUAGCAGAGGCCUAGAAGAGAAAAAUCCGAGCUUUCACUCCCGAAAAAGUGAACGAGGGAUGUACCGAAAAACUUCGAUAUCGGGAGGAACGAAUUCGAAGUUUAACACAGGAGCUUGGGCGAGUAAUUCAAUUCCUAAUUGCAAGCCUCACGGGGUGCCAUUUGCACCGGUCUAUCAUCGCCACUUAUCGGGCACUGCAAAGACCCGGCAAACCGGAACCCUGGAACUAGUUUGUCCCGACAAGACUCUGGGGAACCUUGUACCUACACUAAAACCUGCUCAAUUACGGUACAAUAGUCCCGUAUGGCUCCCCAUGGCUCAGCAUGAAACUCAUGUGAGUUUCAAGCCCUCUGAACAACUUGUACAACAUUGGGGCGAUUUCCCAUCAGCUCGUCUGCUCGUGACGAGUGCGAUCUCGGCUUUUACCCUCAUCGAAUUACCGCGGGUUCCGUAAUUAGCACAUCUGAUUAUUUGCUUCAGGUUCAAAGUUAGGGGUGGUUUCAAUUUCGACUAAUUAAUCUCACCGCGUUCGCCAAGUCGAUCGUCAAGUUUCACCAACGAGGUAUAUCGCACUUUCAUCGGUAAUGGGUUUACAGCUGGUCAUUUUUUCAAACUACGUUGCACCUUGGGAAAAUUACAGUUUCAACUCCCGGUAGGGCUUGGGAUGUGAUUGUAAUCGCCAAAGUCACGGGGUUCCGAAAAUAGACACCCUUGUUUAUUAUUUCUGAAAACACUUGCACGUUAAACGAAUAAAAGAGACUCGGAAAACUCCUCUAUGGCUUGUAUCCAGUCAGACGAUAUUCGAAACCUGGUGAGAAAAUCCUGCUUCUCAUGAUUCAAUUCACACCGUCACGGUACAAUGGUAGAAAUGUAGGAUAAUUGGUACGAUCGCGUAUAGAGCAUAUAAACUAAAAAUGGUACGGCCACAUAAAAUAGCCCACCAAAAUCGUAGAUAUCGGCAUUUGAAUUAUUUAUCGACACUUGAAAGAAGCAAUCUCGUAAAAGACGAAGAACAAUUGGAAUGAAAAA